CGUCAGCUGUCAGCACCUUAAGGAGCCUUGAGAAGUGGCCGGCGAUAACGGGAGGGGUCCUUAAAGUGGCCAUCCAUCUUGAGCUGUUUGUGCCUGCCACUGUGCUGGCGCGGAGGACGUUACAUUGUAACUAAUCAUUAGUUCAAGAAGUUAAUAAUAAAUAAACUGUCAACACUUCGGCCUACCAGCUGGGCUGCGUCUCCUUGAAGGAGAUUAAUCUUACGUCUUGGGCGUGUCGGGAGGAGCGAGGAGGACACGCAUUCUUCUCGGAAAGUCGUCGUGAGGAGGCAGCAGUCCUGUCGUGUCCUUCUCUCUCGGUGAGCGGCACAGCCCGGCCCGAGUCUCGUGUGGGGAAGUUAUCGCUUCAAUCCUGCCUCUCGUGCUCUCAGCUCCGGUUGUCUCCGCGCCCUUAAGGAACGUUUCCUCGUCUUUAAGAAACCGGCUGAGUAAAACUUGGUUCUGACAAGAUGCCGAAGAUUUUCCUGAUCAAGCAGCGGUCUGAGGAGGCGGCGCAAGUCUCAGACCAACACGGUGUGGGUGUGAUGAAGCGCCCCCUGUCGCCCCUGGCAGACGGCCACCCCGCCGCGUGCCCGGAGGUCCUGGUGCCGACGCCGCUGCCGCCCGCCCGCCCCGACGCGCCGUUCCAUCCGCUCCCGGUCAUGGCGUCGCCGCUCCGCAUGCUGCCGCUCCCGGUCCCACCUCACCUCCUGCCGUGCGGCCUGUGGUGCGGCUCCCCGCCGCCGGACGCCCUCCUCCCGCCCAGGUUCCCGUUCCUCAGCACCCCCCUGCCGCUCGGCAUGGCCGCCUUCUCGCCGUACCCCCCUCCCCCGCUGUCCGUCCCCGUACCGAAGCUUUCCCCAGACGUGGGCGGCGGGGAGAGCAGGGGCAAGCCGAGGUUCGACUUCGCCAACCUCGCUAAAGCUGUGACGGAGGAGGACACCAGCAGCACCCGGCAGCUGUUCCACGGGCUCGGCUUCCCCGCACCGCACCGCCAGCACAUCCCCGGCGGCUACACCUCCGCCUUCGUGCCGAAGGUGGACCGCAGGUCAGGCCGAGGCCGCCUCCCGUCCCGAGCCAAGAAGGAGUUCAUCUGCCGGUUCUGCGGGCGGCACUUCACCAAGUCGUACAACCUGCUGAUCCACGAGCGCACCCACACGGACGAGCGGCCCUACUCCUGCGACAUCUGCCACAAGGCUUUCCGGAGGCAAGACCAUCUCAGGGACCACAAGUACAUCCAUUCCAAGGAGAAGCCGUUUAAGUGCAGUGAGUGCGGGAAGGGUUUCUGCCAGUCCCGAACUCUGGCCGUGCACAGGACGCUCCACCUGCAGGAGUCCCCCCACAAGUGUCCCACCUGCGGCCGCACCUUCAACCAGCGCAGCAACCUGAAGACUCACCUGCUGACGCACACGGACAUCAAGCCGUACCAGUGCGCCAACUGCGGCAAGGUGUUCCGCCGGAACUGCGACCUGCGCAGGCACAGCCUCACGCACUGCGAGGAGACCGAGGGGGAGGCCGUGGGGUCACCUGGGGACAAUGACGUCAGGUCCACUCCUAGUCCCAUCCAGCAACAGUGACGAUCGUAAGGGCCGAAAAGUGAGGAACUUUGACAAGUUUAAAGCUAGAUAAUCUGAUCUAUAGAACUGUGAGAAGAUCGACGAAGGGACAACGGGGUCACCUGCGGACAAAGAUAGGUCCUAGCCCCAUGCAAUCACAAUAUCGUCAGGUCCACUCCGAGUCCCAUCCAACAACAGUGACGAUCGUUAGAGGAGAAAUUAGGAACUUUGAAGUUUUGAGAUAAACUAUCUGAUCUAUUGAACAGUGAGGAGAUGGAAGAAGGAGAGGCCAGGGGGUCACCUGGGGACAAUGAUGCCAAAUCGACUCCUGGUCCCAUCCAACAACAGUGAUGACGAUCGCAAAGGCGAUGACUUCACAAACUGUGCCUGACUCAUCAGUAGAAAUAAAAAAAAAUUCUGAUCCGUAGAACUGUGAGAAGAAGGAAGAGGUGACGGCUUCACCUGUUGACAAUUGAUGCCAGACCAGCUCCUGGUCCCUUACAACCGCAAUGACGAUCGUAAAGUCAGCAAAAAAAGUUAAGCUGACAUCUGCAGUGAUUAAAAAAGAUGUCUAAUCUGUAGAACUUCGGUGAGAAGAAGGACGAGACAACAGGCUCACCUGGGGACGAAGGUGCCAGAUCAACUCCCAACCAUCUCCAAUAGCAAUGACGCAAAUGCAGCGAAAUGAGACCCUGGACACCCUUCAGAACUUUUGUCCACUUUCUGUCCGAUACAACUGCAAUAACAAAACGGACAGAAAGGACAGAAAAGGUGUGGACAUAGAAAUAAAGACUACAAACAGUCUCUGCGUUUCUGGAAUGAAGAUAAUUAGCUCAUGAAUCUUGUUUGAAAACACCUGAAGGACCCUGAAUGAUCGAUAUCGCUUUCAAGACUGAGGGUUUAUUGUGCCGUGUAUAUAUGUUACAUUUAUGUGUUAGGCAGACGUUUUUCCCUUCUCUGUUCGCAUUAAUUUGUUGCAAUUAACCGUGGUGAUGGUUUGAAAUGGAAGCAUUUUCUGGGAUGGUGAUGCGUCCCUUGCCAUAAAAAAUAGAUUUGUGGAAACCUGCACAAUCGUAAUUAGUAUUGAUUAGAUUUUAUAUAGAAAUAUGUUGUUGGAAAAAAUGUGUACAUUCCCAAGAUGAAAUGUUAAGAUACUGAAUAUACAAACAAUACAUGUAUGGUGCCAAUGUC